AUUGGAUUUGUACUGAUAGACAAUGAAAAUCGACAAUUAUGGAGGGAUUAUUUGGUAUCUCAAAUAUUUCGGCCUACCUUUAGCAUUGUGCGUUACUAUAUGCAAAGUAUACAACCGAGUGUCGCAGAAAAAGCAAAGGGCUACUUUACAAGGAAAGGUUGUACUCAUAACUGGGGCCAGUUCUGGCAUAGGGGAAGCAUUGGCUCAUGCUUUCUAUGAGCAAGGAAGUAAGGUUGUAUUAGCUGCUAGAAGGGAACCUGAACUCAAUAGAGUUAAAACAGACUUGUUAUCUAAGAAGCUGCCAACUGCUACUCUUGAACCCAUUGUAAUUCGUUUGGAUCUAGCAGAUCUGGAUAGUCUGGAAGGUUUUGCCAAAAAUGUACAAACUCUUUGUGGCCAGGUGGACAUUUUGAUUAACAAUGGUGGGGUAUCUCACAGAGAUUCAAUACUGCACACAAAGAUAGAUGUUGACAAACAAAUCAUGUAUAUCAACUACUUUGGUCCUGUGUGCUUAACAAAAGCUUUGCUGCCAAAGAUGGUUGAACAAAAGAGUGGUCAUAUAGUAUUUGUAAGCUCUGUUCAAGGAUUGAUAGCUAUCCCAGAUCGUUCUGCGUAUGCUGCAUCCAAGUUUGCCAUGCAGGCAUUCGGAGAUGCAUUGAGAUCUGAAAUGCAUCAGCAUAAUGUUAAUGUCUCUGUAGUAAGCCCUGGAUAUGUCAAGACUGCAGUUUCUCUAAACGCCCUAAAGGGCAGUGGAGAAAGACAUGCAGUGAUGGAUCAGUCAACUGCUGAAGGGUUUUCUGCAGAGUAUGUUGCAGACAGGAUUCUGGACAUGGUAGUGUCCAAAGAAAAUGAUCUAGUGAUUAGUCAGUUUCUACCAAAAGUGGCAAUAUUCCUCAGACACAACAUGCCAGGACUCUAUCAUUGGGCAAUGACCAGAAGGGCUACCAAAACAAGUGUCCCAUAAAUUACUGUUCCUCGU